AGAAAUAUUCAUUAACCGAUCACUAGUUUGUUUCCUUGUUCUUCCAAAUUGCAACCCCAACCCAACCCUUACGUUCAUCACCCUUUCUCUCUUUCACUGCAAACCCUAACUCAUUACACGCACGCAGGUUUGCUUUCCUCUUUAUUCUUCACAAUUUCACUCCAAAUAAUCGAUUCAGAUUAAUUCCACCCUAUUGUUGUUCCAGCGUGAUCGGUUUGUGAAUUUUUGCCCCUUCAAUCUUGGUCCUCGAACAAUAAUAAUCAACCAUGUUUACGCGGAUUUUUGGUAAACCUAAGCAGGAAGCCAAUGCUCUCGCCACUUUGGACAAGCUAAACGAGACACUUGAUAUGCUAGAGAAAAAGGAGAAAGUGCUCAUUAAAAAGGCUUCUCAAGAAGUUGAAAAGGCCAAAGAUUUCACUAAGGCAAAGAAUAAAAGGGCGGCAAUACAAUGUUUGAAGAGAAAGAGGUUAUAUGAACAGCAAAUAGAGCAGCUUGGGAACUUCCAGUUGCGUAUUCAUGACCAGAUGAUCAUGUUGGAAGGUGCCAAGGCAACCACAGAGACAGUUGAUGCAUUGAGGACUGGUGCUUCUGCUAUGAAGGCUAUGCAGAAAGCAACGAAUAUUGAUGAUGUUGAUAAGACCAUGGAUGAGAUCAAUGAACAGACUGAGAACAUGAAACAGAUUCAAGAAGCAUUGUCAGCUCCAAUUGGUGCAGCUGCUGACUUCGAUGAGGAUGAAUUGGAAGCAGAACUUGAAGAGCUAGAGGGCGCUGAGUUGGAAGAACAGCUUCUUCAGCCUGCAACUACAGCUCCAGCGGCCUCAGUGCAUGUUCCAGCCGGGCGGCAACCUACUCGUCCUGUGUCUGCCAAGACCACUCCCGAGGAAGAUGAAUUGGCAGCUUUGCAGGCCGAGAUGGCACUUUGAGCGGGCAUUGAUGUGCAAUAUAAGUGGUCUCUAUGAAGAGUUGUGAGCACAAUGACAUGGAGCUCGCUUAUUUUUGUGAAUUUAUUGAACAUUCUUAGGAUGUAUAUAUAAAGGUGAACAGCCCUUCAAAACUUGUACUUUAGCCUGGAAUAUUUGGUAUCGUGUUUUUCAGAAGGUUGGAAACCGCGGCACUCUACACUUGUGUUGAUCGUGCCAAAUAUUGUUGGUUUUGGUUGUCCUUUUUUUUUGUCAUGGGCCGACUUUAAACAUUAUUCAAAUGUAUAAUUCAUCGUGUUUAUGAGUAAUUGAUUAUGAUGUUUGAAUA